CUCAAAAACGAUACCAGUUUGUAAAGGCAUCUUAAUGAUAAACGUCAGUCAUAAAAUCAAUAUGUUUUAGAGUACAACAAGUUUUCCGUUCAUUCGAUAAAAACACCGUUUUCUUAGGAAGAGUCUCAUUAAAUAAUGUCGAAUUUGAUUCCACCGCUGUUGAAUAAUUCACCACCACCUUUAAAUAAUGAGGAUCUCGAGGAAAACGAAGAUUUUGGCGAAUUCGAUUCGUAUUUUUCCACUCCUUUUGAUUCGCCGAAAAAGGAAGAAAACGAAGUAUUUGAUCGCGCAAAAAGCGAUGAAGAUGAAGACAUAUUGAGGUUAUGUGAACUUGACGGUGAAGAUUUCCUGAAAGGUGACGACGACAAGACGUUAAAAAUUAACGAUGAUUUGAUGAAAAACGAACAAGACUUGUUAAAAAGUGGAGAAAAAACAUUUAAAUUUGUCGGUGAUCUGUUAAAAAAUGAAGAGAACUCUUUAAAAUUUGAUCAAAAUUCAACCAAAAUAGAGGAAGAAACGUCCAAAUUUGUUGGAGCUUUUAACAUGAUUAAAGAUGAUAGUUUAGUGCAGAAGGAAGAAAACACAUUGAAUUUUCCAUGUGAAGGAGUGUUGACACAAAUUGAAAAUGAUUGUGUGUAUCACGAAGAGGUUGUGGUAAAAAAUGAACAAAUUUCGGACAUUAACGACGACGACAACACGUUAAAAGGUACGAAUGAUUUUGUAAAUAAUGAUGAAGAAAUUAAAAGCGUCAGUUGUGAUUUGAAUAAGGAAAAUUUGAUAACAAGUGAACAUGACAUGUUAAAAUAUCAGGAAAAUUUUAUGAGAUAUGAAGAUUUCAAGAAUAAAGUAAAAGAAGAAAAGGAAAAUUCGUUUACACAUCUUGAUGAUGGGGUAGUAAUAGGUAGUGAAGAACUUACUGAAAAAUUGGAUGGUGAAUUAGGGAAAAAUGGAGACUUGUAUUUUAAAAAUGAAGAAAACACGUUUAAGUUUGUCGAAGAGUCGGUCAAAAAUGAGGAGACACCGUUUAAAAUUGAUGAAUUCGUAGAAAACGAAGAAAUAGCUGAAAAAAACGGGGAGAAUUGUGUAAAGAGCGAGGAGACAUUUAAUUUUUGCGAAUUUAACGAGGAAACAUGGACAAAAGGCGAAGAGAUUGAUGGUGAUGAUGAUGAUGAUGAUGAUGAUGAUGAUGAUGAUGAUUUCGACGAUUUCGGUGAAUUCGAAACCGCUCAGUCAUUUCAAACUAGCACUGAAACGUACCAAAGUUUGGAUCGAAACAACAUUUCCAAGUCUUGUGAAGUCAUUUUGAAAGAAAUCUUCCCGGAAAUUGAAGAAUCUUUGAACAUUUUCGUAAAAAAACUGGAAGAAAACGACGAAAUAUUCGACCGAUUAAAAGACGUAACCGAAACUGAAGCGGUCAAGUUUCAGUGGAGCAAAUCGCGAAGUCAAAAUCUGUUGUUCCGAUCUCUAAACAUCGACACGAGAAACAUUCUGUACGGACCAACUUGGAACCCUUGGAUACAAAGAGCUUCAACCUUCAGCAGUUCCACGUUGCAACCAUUGGAGCCUUUAAAACCGCAACAGAAUCAAAGUGCGGCAAAGUCGGAAGAAAACGCCAAUUUAAAUGUUACUGAAGUGCCGACGGUACAAUUCGAUUGGAACAGCUCCGGAUUAAUAAAUCCUUUAGAUUCGACCAAAGAAGAACAACGACCCGAACAGGAAUUGGACUUUGGCAUCAGAAUACCGUUGCGGGAAACGCACAUAGAAAACCGUACAGAGAAGCCAGACAACACCGUUCUGGAUUUGUUGGAGAACCGAUCGGAGAAACAGGAAAGUAUAGUUACGGAAAUGUUCGAAAGUCGGCCGCAAAAUGUUCAAGCAAGUUCCUUUACGGAAGUGAACGUUGACAGAACAGUGUCGGAAAAAGUAGAAAAUCGGUUAGAAAUGUUUGACGUUAACGUCGCGUAUCCAGAAAUGAAUGUUUUCCAAAGCGAGUCGCAAGUGUCGGAAACGACAAACGUGUUUGAUCCGUUUCCGGCAAUGAACAACCUUCGUAAAAGCACACCGCCGGAAACGCGGACCUUUGAUUCGUUCGCAGUUACGAGUUGUAGUACGAGCUCACCUGAAAAGCUUCAUCCGUCCGUCGAAACGACGUUUGUCGGGGCGAACGUUUGUAAAAACGACGAUGACGACUUUGACGAUUUUCAAACCGCGUUCGGUACGAUUUUGAAGCCGGAAAAAGUGAGUAAAGAAACCGUCAUCAAUUGGCCGAAUCCCGGUUUAUCCGACGAAGAAAUUCGAAGAUUCGAAUCGUUCACUUUUAAAUCGGCCAACAAUGAACAACAAGUUCAGAAAGAAGCGACGGGGGAGGGAGAGAAGGCAAAGGGGAAGCAGGAGGAGGAGGAGGAGGAGGAGAGUGAAUGGUCAGAUUUCGUGCACUUCAAUCCAAUUUCGUGUGCGGAGAAAGACAGUAGGGAGGACAGUGGGAAGAUCGAUUCGACGGAAGACGACGAAUGGAGCGAUUUCGUGUCUGUCGUGCCCGAACUGACUUUCACGGGAAAAUGACGAAAGGGAUCUUUCGAUUAUGUACUCUAGUAUUAUUUUUUGUUUGUUCCAUUGGUCGAUUGUUAGGUUUCUGAGUGAUAUUAUUAUUGUACUUAAUUAUUUAUACAUAUACAAUAUAUAAAUUAUAUAUAUAUAUAUAUAUAAAUGUAAUAUAAAAGAAAUUGUUGUAAAUAUUGAUUGUUGUAACAUUCCAAAUUAUAUUAAUAAAUAAUAUGUUAAGAUUUUAA